ACAAUCUUCAUGAGCUGAACUAAUGACCACCUCGAUCUGAAGACACUGAGCCGAGUACCCUCCCCAACAAAGCUGACGUUGGAAACCAUGAAUGCCACAGCGAUGAAGGGCUUCAACGGGUCUGAGCAUUGCCCCAGGGACAUGCGGAUAGGACAGCUGGUGAUCCCCGCCAUCUACACCGUCGUUUUCUUCCUCGGCAUCCUGCUGAACACUCUAGCCCUGUGGGUGUUUGUUCAGAUCCCCAGCUCCUCCACCUUCAUUGUCUACCUCAAAAACACUUUGGUGGCCGACUUGAUAAUGACAUUCACGCUUCCGUUUAAAAUCCUCUCUGACUCACGCCUCGGACCCUGGCAACUCAGAGCAUUUGUGUGUCGUUUCUCUGCUGUCAUCUUUUAUGAGACCAUGUAUGUGGGCAUCAUACUGCUGGGACUCAUAGCCUUUGACAGGUUCCUCAAGAUCAUCAGACCUUUUGGAAAAUUUUUUGUACAAAAACCUGCUUUUGCAAAAGUGGUCUCAACCCUCGUCUGGCUCUUUUUGUUCCUCAACUCCCUGCCAAAUAUGAUCUUAAGCAACAAGGAAGCAACACCAUCCUCUGUGAAAAAGUGUGCCUCCUUAAAGGGACCUCUGGGGCUGAAAUGGCACGAAGUGGUGAAUUAUAUAUGCCAGUUCAUUUUCUGGACUGUUUUUGUCCUAAUGCUUCUGUUUUACACAGUGAUUGCAAAAAAAGUAUACAAUUCUUAUAGAAAGUCCAAAAGUAAGGACAGCAAAAACAACCGAAGGCUGGAAGGUAAAGUAUUUGUUGUCGUGGCUGUCUUCUUUGUGUGUUUUGCUCCAUUCCAUUUUGCCAGAGUCCCAUAUACUCACAGUCAAACCAACAGUAAGACUGACUGUAAAUUGCAAAAUCAACUGUUUCUAGCUAAAGAAACAACUCUCCUUUUGGCAGCAACUAAUAUCUGCAUGGAUCCCUUAAUAUAUAUAUUCCUAUGUAAAAAAUUCACGGACAGACUACCAUGUAUCAGAUGGAGAAAGACCACAGCAACAACCCAAGAAAAUCAUACGAGUCAGUCAGAUAAUAUAACCCUAGGCUGACAACUUUAUCACGGUUAACGACUAUUUAUUGACAACUUCAAAAGACAAUUUACCCGGAAAUCAAAUUUAAGCAAUCAAAGAAAAAAAGAUCGGAACAAAUGCUUUCUAACAUUUUAUUAUCCUAGUGUACAGAAAGGACUGUGCCAAUUUUAGUUCCACAUAGAUCUAUUCAUAAGCAGAAUGAAGUAUCAGUAAGAGAAUGCAACAGAAACCAAAUGGCCACUAGGGGUCAGCUUUUUGAGAGCAUUCAUUAACAUUUUGAAAAGAUUUAUUAGGGGGAAAUUUAUAUUCCUAAAGACCUCUACUCUAAAAUACCUUCUCACAUUCUUUUGCACACAUAAUUCAAACAACACUACUGCUUUUCUAGCCCACUUGCUGAUUUAAAAAAAAAAAAAACAAAAAACAAAACCCUACCUUGAAAGUCCUUUGGUGAAAACUGAAGCUAGAGGCUGAAAAGGAUGCUGGAUGUGAAGCAUCUGGGGAGUGGGUCAGAAAGGCCUCCGACACCCAGGAGGAGUUUCUCCCUGCAGUUACAAAGAGGCUCCUCCACAGUGUGCUUGUCCACAGGAGGCACAAGUACCAUGAUUAAGCCACAUAAAAUAUCGUCCUGUAAUACUUCGCUUACAUGCUAAGUGUGUACAUUUCAAGGGCAAGAAUACUGUUAUUAUUUUUGGAAUUGUUCCUCUGCUUGCCAAAUACUCUAAUGGUGGUAGAAUAUUCCAGCUACUCAGCGAACCCUUCCUGGCCCAGAACCUCUGUGCCCCUUCCUCACAUCUCUGGUCGAAAAUAACGACUUCUCCCGCUGUGUGGGUAUGCGUCAGGGCCCUCAAUGCAGAUUUCUCUUUCUUCGUUAGCUCUAUCCUUGACUGUGUCCCCUAGAGACGGUUCAGAUUCUUUAAGAAAGACAACAUGUUUCAGCAGGGAGGGUUAGAGCUCAGAGGUAAAGUGCACGCUUAGCAUGCACUACAUCCUGGGUUCUAUCCCCAGCACCUCCCUUAAAAAUAAAUAAAUAAAGGAACAAACAAACCUAACUGCCUUCCCCCCAAAAAUAAGAAAUAAAAGACAUGUUUUGAAGACAGAAAAUAUGUCCUCUUUUCUUGGUAUCUCCCACAAUAGACACAGAAUUACAAAUAUUUUAAACGGAACAGGUCAUCAAUAUGCCACUCUUGGUAUACACAAGACGCACCAUCACUAACACCCAUACUGGGGAAUUUUUAAAGGAUGACGACCUACUUGCAUUUACUUACCUCCCUACUUUUUCUGAAUCCCUUUGUGGUUCAAAAAAACUGAAGUAUGGUUAUCUGGAAUUGUGGACAGCUGAUUUGUAUCUUCUAGAUAAAAUGUACAAAGGAGACGUCAUGCUCUGCAGGUGUGCCACUAGCUCCAACACAACCUUCAGAAUGUGAAGCCCAGAUCUCCUCCAUGGCCUCAAGGGCCCUAGAACUUGCCUACCUUUCUGGCCUUUCCUCCUAACUGUUCUUCCAUGCCUAGAACUUUACACUCUUGUGCAAGUUUAUAACUGUCAGAACACACCAUGUUCCUUUUCCCCCUGUGUCACUGCACUUGUAAAUUUCCCUCUGACUCACUAACUCGUAUCCAUGGAAACUGAGGUUGCCCUCACUUAGUCCGUGAGAUCUCAUCCAGGUAACCUCCCACCACCACCUCAAACCCAGUCACUCCUUCCCUGAUCUGUAUGUUGUCAUGCCUCAAUUAUUAAUGUCACACCUCAAUUACUGUACUUAUCACAUUGCUUUGUAAUUAUUGGCUCACACAUGUCUCCACUCUUAAUAACCUAUGUGUACUUUUGAGGGCAGAGAUUGUCUCUUAUUGUCCCAUCAAUAAAUAUGUGGUAAAAUAUA